AUGUCGACCAAAGACACGCUGCGCCAGCUCACCCGCCUCUUCUCGACCUCUCCCUCGUCGGCGACCCCCGUCCAGCAGUCGUUCCCCGGCUACGCCCUCCCGCCCGAGGUCGACGAGCUCCUCAACGAGCACCUGCGCGCGUUCGCAUCCGCUUUCCCGCUCACGAACGCCGGCGGAAGCGGAUCAGGCCAGUCGGAGGGCGAGCGCGAACGGAUCCGUUGGCGGGAAGGGCUGCUCGAGAUCUGGGCGACGGCAGAGCCUCUUCCCGGCGCAGAACGAGAACUUCACAACAUUGGCCGCGUCUCGGCGUUCCUUCUCCUCCUGCACAAGCUCAGCGCGGAUGUGGGGAACGACGACGACUCGGCCUUGAUCAGUCGGAAGGACAUCGGGUCGGUCUGGUGGAACGCUAUCUUGAGGAGGACGAUGUUAGGGACGCCGAAGGAGGCGGACGCCCCUGCGCUUGGGGCGAAGCCGUCCCAGACGCGAGGUCGUAAGACGGAGCGCGACCGCAAGGGCAAGGAGCCAGCACCUCCAUCGUCUGCAGACGCACUGCCACUGUACGUGUCGCGACAAGCGCUCGCAGCGGCGACACGAAUGAUUGUCUGGGGCAUGGAGCCGAGUCGGGAGCAGGCGGAUAAGGAGGAAGAUUGGGUCUCGCCUUUCGGGCUUGCGAUACUGAACGAGUACGAGGACCGGUCACUUGCGAAGCUGAAGGGACUCGACGAAGGUUACGGGAUUCGGAACUUGGAGGAAUGCCUGAUCGAGUGGGCGGAGCGCGCGCCGAAGGCCUUCUUCACCCGCAUCUCACCCUACCUGGAACCGAACGGGCCGGCCGUCCUCCCCUCCGUCUCCCUCAUCCUCUCGUACCUGACCCGCAACUCGACAAAAGCCUACCACGCGCUCUCCACUCCUCUCAUCGCGAAUCUCAUCAUCGUCGCACUGACAACUACAUGCUCCGCGAUUGUCAACCUCGCUUCGAAGUGCCUCGCCAUUUGCGUCGUGACGCUGCCGGUCAUCAUUGGCGAGCACCUGUUCGGCAUCAUGGCGGUGUAUGGACGGCUCGUGUCGUGGGAGAUGGCGCCGGACGUCGGUGACGAAGGAGAGAAGCUGCCGACCGCAUCGGAAGACGCUCAGAACUUCCUCGACGACUACGAAGAAGCACCGCCCGACCCCGUCACCCUCUUUACCGUCCUCUACGGCAUCUACCCGCGCAAUUUCGCCGCCUUUAUUCGCGAUGCGCCUGGUUACUUGCGCGAGAAAGGCUGGAAGGGCGCGACGGGCGACGGAAUGAUUGAUCUCGUCUCGGGUAUUGUCAGGGAGAAGAGCGGGCCGAUCCUGCGCAUGCACACGCUCAACCCCGCCCUCUUUCAAGGCGAAGCGGCGCUCGAGCUGACCGACACGGAGCGCUGGUCUCGACUCGAAGCGGCCGACGUGAUGGCUGCAUGCGAUCGCAACGUCGUCCUUCUCACGCCCGGCAUGGCGCAAGACUGGCGAGGCGUGCCGAUACAUGCAGACCAAGCCGUCUACGAGGCCGAGGUCACUUCUUUGAAGCGAGCGCCUGCUUUUCAGACGCUUGUCGAGGGCACGCCGCUCGAAUCGACCGCGCCGACGCCGAAGCCUGCCUCGCCCGGUCCUUCGGCGCCUGUCUCGCGGGCGGCUUCGAGGGUCCGCUCGCCGACGCCGACAUCGCAAGGCAGCACACCGACCUCGACUCGCGUCUCGACUCCGCACAUGCCGGCGACAACCCACUUUGCCAACUUCCAGGCGCUUCAGUCUGCCGGCGCUCUCGCAUCUCCCGCUUCGAUGUCGCCUGCUCGACGCUCGGGCUCUCGGCUGCGCGACCCAUCGCACGGCGACCCGCACCCUUGGCCGCCCGUCUUCGACCCAACAGUGUCGAGUGUCGGACCUAGCUCGAUGUCGCGGCGCUCAUCAGGCGUCGGCUCAGCAGGGACCGGCAUCGGCUUGCUCUCGCCCGAGCUCAUCCCGUUCGGCAGUACGACAGCCGGCACAUCGAUCGGUCGAAGCGCAUCGCCUCUCCCACCAACGCUCACCACGGCGCAGCUUAGCGCACACCUCUUGCGGCUCGAGACGGAGCUUGUCUUGCUCCACGGCGAGGUCAACUUCCAGAGUUACCUCAAGCAGCUGCAUUUGCAGCAUAUGGGAACGCUGCAUCGCGAGAAGGUGCUCGAGUCGGGUGCCGAGGCGGAGAGGCAGGGCUUGUUCCGCACAGUCCGCACUCUCCGCGCGCAGCUUCGAGCAACGCAGAACGCGCUCGACCAGCUUCGCUCCGAACAGUCGGCAACCAAGGCCAACUGGACCGCGCACAUCAACGACCUGCGCGACAAGCUCGCCGGCCUGAGGGAGGCCAAGAUGAAGUGGGAACAUGACGAGAAGGUCUUGCGCGCUGAAGUUGAGGACUGGAAGGACCGGUGCGAGAAGAAGAGCCGCGAACUCGAGACGGAGGGUGCUGCCUUCCUUGACCUCAAGAACCAGAACUCGCUCGACGCCGGCAAGCUCGCCAGGAUCACCGAGUACGAGCACCGCAUCCAGGCGUUGACCAAGACCCUUGCGAUCUGCGACGCCGACCUCGUCAAGUUCGUUGACCAGCGCAAGGAGAUGAACCUGCUCGUCGGCGAGUACAAGAAGAGCGAGUACCUGCGGGAGGCGGUCGAGGCGGAGUGCAGGACGCUUAAAGAGUCUCUCCGGUCGAUGGAGAACGAGCUCGCCGACGUGCGACGCCGCGUCUCUUCACCCCCUCUCCCCGACUCGACUCUCGUUGCCGCGCCUGUCGCCUCCAAGGACGAGCUUGCGCUGAUGCGGCGCGAGAUGGAGCGACUCCGCGCACGGAACGCAGAGCUCGAGGAGCGCCUCGCGGACGUGCUCGACGAGGAGGAUGAAGGUGCGGGGCCUGGGCGGCUUCCGAGGGAGCUCAUCUCGGGCGCGGACAGCGUAGCGACUGCUUGA